CAAUUACUUGAAAUAUGCCUUCGAAGAGAGUUUGUAUUAUUGGAGCAGGAGCGGCUGGUCUAACUGGUAUUAAAGCGUGUUUGGAAGAAGAUUUAGAACCAGUGUGUUUUGAAAGAACAAAUUCGAUCGGUGGAUUAUGGAAUUACUCAGAGAAAGAAGUAGAAGAUGGCCAGGGUUGCGUUAUGAAGUCAACAGUUAUCAAUACAAGUAAGGAAAUGAUGUGUUACAGCGAUUAUCCUAUUCCUGGAGAUUUUCCUAACUACAUGCACAAUACAAAAUUAAUGGAGUAUUUUCAUAUGUACGCCAAUCAUUUUGAUUUGAAAAAGCAUAUUAAAUUUCAUCAUGAAAUUCUAAGUGUAAAAAAAUCGAAAAGUUUCGAAAAAGAUGGAAAAUGGAACGUUAAAGUUAAAAAUUUGCAAGCUGAUUCGGAAACAGAACUUAUAUUUGAUGCUGUAUUACUAUGUACUGGACAUCAUGCAAAGCGUUUCUCUCCGAAGUUUAAAGGUCAAGAAAAGUUUAAAGGUAAAAUCCUGCACUCACAUCAAUACAAACACCCUAGAGGCUACGAAGAUUCGAAAGUAGUCAUUGUUGGAAUUGGAAAUUCUGGAGGUGAUAUUGCUGUAGAACUUGGUAGAAUAUCUAAACAGGUCUAUUUAAGUACUAGAAGAGGUACUUGGGUUUUAAAUCGUGUUGGAACAAAUGGUAUACCAGGCGAUAUCGAAGUAACAAGAAGAGUAUUUGCACAAAUACAAAAAUAUGCUCCAGCGUCUAUGAUGAACAAUAUAGCGGAAAACAUAGUCGAAAAACGACUCAAUCAUGAAGCUUAUGGACUGAGACCAAAACACAGAUUAUUUCAGCAGCAUCCCAUGGUUAACGAUGAUUUGGCUAAUAGAUUGAUUUGCGGCUCGGUUAUAAUUAAACCAGAUAUAGAGGAAAUACAAGAAAAUGGUUUAAAAUUUGAAGAUGGAACUGUUGUUGAAGCUGAUGUCAUUAUUAUGGCUACAGGUUACACUUUUGGCUUUCCUUUCCUCGAAAACGGUGUUAUUAACGUCGAAAAUAAUAAAGUCAACCUGUUUAAGUACGCAUUUCCACCUGACUUGAGUCAUCCAACUAUAGCUGUAAUUGGAUGCAUUCAACCUUUGGGAGCAAUUAAUCCAAUAGCAGAAUUACAAACCAGAUGGGCAGCAAGAGUAUUUAAUGGAUCCACAAAACUUCCGUCCAAAGCGGCAAUGUGGGAAAAUAUUCGUGAAAAGCAAGCAGCUAUGGCUAAAAGAUAUUUUAAUAGUCAAAGGCAUACUAUCCAAGUUGAUUGGAUACCAUUUAUGGAUGAAGUGGCAGAGCAAUUUGGAUGUAAACCAAAUUUAAAAUCUCUAUUCCUCACUGACCCUUAUCUGGCAAUGAACGUAUUUUUUGGUCCAUGUUCACCUUACCAAUUUCGACUAUUCGGGCCAGGAAAAUGGAAAGGAGCUCGAAAUGCGAUCCUCACACAAAUGGAUAGAGUGAAACAAGCUACAAAGACUAGAAAGUGUCACACCGAAUCCUCUAACUCACUUUUCUUGAAAUUGAUCAUACUAGUUGUGGAUAUGCCUUGCGGUAUCAUAGUCCAAAAAGUUUUAUCUCAUCUAAAGAGGGAUGUAGUUACUCAGCAAGUCAAUUUCUAUAUAGGGUCACAAAACAAAUAG